CACACUGUAAUAUAACGCUUGUUGUGCACUGUCAAUUGUACACUGUUUACAACCGUGCAGUGUGCGGGGACCCUGUGUUGAUUUCACGGACAUAAGGAGCAGUCUAAAGCACCUACAGCAAAGCAUUUAUUAUUCCGUGUCAUGUUAUAACAUCGUGCGGAACAUUAUAUUUCAGCCGACCAACAGCAAGUCUGAGGUCGUCGCAUUUAUUGGUAUUUUCCUUCCUGCGAUGUGCAUGCCGCAUGGAGUCAAGAUCAUUUGUCGUGUCCAGUAGCUUGGGACGAAAUUCCGAGCGACGUUCUCGGGGACCUCGGAAGACAGAACAUCUGACAGAGAAGCCGAAAUGGUACGAAGCGCAUCGCCAGGCCAUAAAACACAAACAGGAGACCUACGUGGAUCCGGCGACAGGGUUCCUCGUAUUCACCGAACUGGCACAUUUGGAACGCGGCUAUUGUUGUGGACACCGCUGUCGUCAUUGUCCCUUCAAUCAUGCAAAUUGUCCAGAGAACAACCGGACUAAUUGACAGUUCAGUGUACUGUUUAGUUGUCGUCAUUCUGAAUUAUACACUUCGAUCUACUCAUC